GCAAGCAUAUGUCUGCUUCUUUCAUGUUACGACUAGGACCUGGGACGGCGCGUCCGAUAGCUGGUCUUGUUCAGGACACUAAACACUACAAUGAAUACCACUUACUGAGUGUUUGCCGAUUGAAUCUCACAGCGGUACAGCAUUCGUCUGUCUUAUUGUUUAUUCAAUAGGGAGUAAGACUUUGAAGCAGCACAAAGCGUUGAUACAAUGGCUACGUUGAAGAACUCAGCUCUCCUUCCAUGAUCUGUGAUCUAACUUUGUUACUGGAUAAAACUAGGAGGACGCAAUGAGGUUCUGAUAAGGUUAUCCUAUGUCGGCUGCGGAAGUAUGAAACUUCAUCAUUCAAGAUGGCGAAAAUAGGAAUCCUUGUUGGGUUGUCGUUCUUGGUAUGUUUCAGCAAUGAUGUGUCAGCAGACAAAGAGUAUCAGAUUUGCAUCAAUAAGAGUGCGCCAAUACUGACAGAUGAGCAGAGAUUGUACAUGUCCCUGAUGGCUGGGUACGACAGACACACCCGUCCUGUCUACAACGCCUCUCACUCCGUCGACGUAUACAUUGGCAUUACAUUAACACAGGUCUUUGACGUGGACGAGAAAAACCAGGUGUUAACUACAAAUAUUUGGCUAGAUCAGGAAUGGAAGGAUGAGAAGCUGUACUGGGAUCCGGACGAGUACAACGGCUUGAAAGUUCUGAGGAUUCCAUGCAGCGAGAUUUGGAAACCAGAUAUCGUGCUUUAUAACAGCGCCGAGGACUAUACAAACGGCUAUAUGCAGGCUCUUGCUAUGGUACAAGCCGAUGGCACUGUCUUCUGGCCUCCUAUCGUCAAACUUAGAAGCACAUGUCAGAUUGACAUCACUUACUUCCCGUUUGAUGAUCAAGUCUGCAAAAUGAAGAUAGGUUCGUGGGCAUAUGACGGCUUUCAGGUCAACGUCUACAACAGGUCAGCAACGGCAGUGGACCUGUCAAAUUAUGUAGAAAAUGGAGAAUGGGACUUAGUGAGCGUGGAAGCAAUCCGGAAUGUCGUGUACUACCAGUGUUGUCCAGAACCGUUCCCUGACGUCACCUUCACCAUUCAUCUCCGUCGUCGUACCCUGUACUACACUUACAACGUCAUAACGCCUUGUAUUAUGUUGUCGACGCUGACGUUAUUGGUUUUCUGGAUGUCUCCUGAGAGUGGAGAAAAAGUCACAUUGGGGUUGACGGUUCUUCUUGCGUUCUCGGUGUUCAUGCUGCUUAUUGCUGAGAAUAUGCCCGCAACGUCAAGCUUCGUGCCUCUCAUAGGUAUCUAUUUGACAAGUGUGAUGUCCUUGACAUCUUUCUCGGUAAUCCUGGCGGUGACGGUGUCUAACAUCAGCAGUCACGGGAAGAAAGAAAUCUCAGUCCCGAGAUGGCUCAAGAAACUUGUUACCAUCCUCGCGAGAAUUAUGUGCAAAAGACUGUACUUCAUCAAGCCAGUAUUAGCUAACGAGGGAGAGGUUCUUCGAAGUGGAAUGCGGGGCGGCAGGCAGUUUUACAAAGGAACUGAAAAUAACUUUUCAAACGAUUCUGGUUGUGGCUUAAUAGAUUACGAAAAUGGCGAACCAACGUCUCAUAGAAGAUUAGAUAACGUGAACACUCGGCGAGAGUAUAGAAACGUUGGUGACUUUGACGAGGUUUUGGCGAGGCUUCAAGAACUGAUUUUUCGAGAGGAGGAAAAAGAGAAGGAAGACAACAUGUGCCGGGAAUGGCAAGAAGCUGCGGAAGUGAUCGACAGAUUUAUGUUCUGGGUGUUUAUCACAGGUACAGUAUCAGUGACUAUAGUUCUACUUAUUGUCUUGCCAAUGACAAAAGCAGAGAAAACAACGUGAAUGUUAAAGUUAGUGCAUCCAGCUUGAAAUGAUUCACUUCCAACGAACGGUUUAAGGUGUAUUUUGAUGCUUUCGGGAGAUGUUCAGUUGAAUAACAAAUGAUCCAAGUGCGUCGUUUGAAUGGAAAAUCCGCAUGUGUUUGGAUACAAUUAUUUUGUGAUGCCCCAAGCUUAGAUGUGACUUUUCUGAUUAUUGGUUUUGUGUUACCCAAAUUCAUUUCACCCAACAUACCAUUACAUAGUUACAUCAACAGUGGCUGUAUCUGUUUUGUAUAAUUAUAUUAUUACAGUCUUCAAAACGUUAUAAUCGUUGUAUAUAUGCGUACACGUGUUCUCGGUAUAACCGAGGAAGAACUGUCCCAAAUAUUGCUUUCCCUUUUCACACUAUUUCUCAAUUAACGCCUUCCCUACCGUACUGUAAACUAAUUUCUCUCGUAUGACUAGUUGCGUAAUGUAACCAAUGAAGUUCUAACCUAUUUAGGACCAGAUCAAUAAGCUAGAAGACAUAGUUAGACUAACAAAUAUGUAAAAGUAUAUUUUAGAUACACCAAAGACAUAGUGUAUGGAAUAUAAAUGUAGAACAUUGUUGUAAAUAAAGAAAUGUGUAUUUUU